GCAUCAUGUAGGUGUUUAUUGUGGUCCGUUGUCAGCCAGGUUUUAAAUCCCGAACGCCCUCCAAAAUCUCCAGUUCUAUAACGGACUCAAACAGACGGGUGUGCUGCACCGGCACUGGUUUUCGAACGUCGCGCGUUCUAAAAUUUAAAUUCAAAAUGCAAACACCACAACUAGAUGAUGAACAAAUGGGAAGAAGCGGCAAGCUAAACUUCGACUCAUUCGUGCGAGUUGCCACACACUUCCUCGACGAAGAUGACGAGGCGCUGCAGAAGGAGCUGAAGGAGGCUUUCAGGCUGUAUGACAAAGAAGGAAACGGCUACAUCCCUACAUCGAGCCUACGUGAGAUCAUGGCAGCACUUGACGACCAGCUCACCCCCGAUCAGCUGAACGAGAUGAUAGCCGAAAUCGACACUGAUGACUCUGGAACUGUGGACUUUGAUGAGUUCAUGGCGAUGAUGACCGGCGAUUAGGCGGGACAAACGAUGCGGCGUUUUGGACGGCAGCGAUGUGGUUGUGAUGAAAAACAAAUAAAAGAGUUUUGGGCCUAUUUUUUUUAUUGUUUUUU